ACACACGAAAAACGUUCCAAAAAGUGCUGAAAAUACAAUUUAAUUUGCUAAAAAUAUAUAAAACAUUUAUGCAAAUACAUAUUACAACUAACGGUUAUAAGUUGCAAUAUUUGAUUGAGUGAGAAGUGUAAAUAAAUUGCAUUUAAAGGAAAUUUGCCCGAACACUCAGCGUGGCUUCUGCGUGUAUGUGCUUUUCUACAUUUACCUGCUGAACGAGACGGGUAGCGUGUGUAGAGUGAGUGAGUGAGUGUGAGUGAAGAAGGCAAUACAAAAAAAUAACUCGCCGACGACAAAUAAUUAUCUGUAAAUUUGUCAUAUUUAAACAAUUUUAUUGUGAAAUUGUGCAAAAUGUCAGAUGAAACUAUCAUACAGCCAGAAACGCUGCUGGAUAACAAGCCGGACGAUGAAAAGAAAACACCAAAACGGACACCCAAACGGCGCUCGUUUAUAGAACGUGCCCAGGCUGAAAGUGAAGAACUUGUACGGACCAUGGGCGGUAAUCUAGAAUUGGAGGGCGGACGACGCACACGUUCCAGUACCCGAGGAACACCGACCCGAUCCGCUGAAACAAUUACACCGCCACCAUCUAAAAAGGCACGUGUAACGCCGCCAACAGCCACCAAGAGUAGUGGCGGUGGUGGGAAAGGACGGGGGGCGCGCAAAUUGGAUAUAAGUAGCGAAGAGCCGCCAGUAGAAAAAUCAAAAACAGCAGCAAAGAAAAAGGACCAGAAUGAAGCGGAAGCCAAAAACGAAAAGGAGAAAGUCAGUGAACCUGUAAAGGGCAAGCCUGCUGCCAAGAAGGAGAAGAAGGAAGAGAAACCCCCAAAAGUGGUGAAAGAGCCUGCCAAACAGAAGAAAGAGGAGAGUGAUGACAAGGAGGUGAUAGAGGAGAAGGAGGAGGAGAAAAAGGAAGUCAAGGAGAAAGAAGAAGAGAAAUCGUCAACACAGGAAACAGAAAUCAAGGAAAGCGAAUCAAAAGAUCAGACAGAUGGUGGAGUUUUGGCAUCAGUGCCAGAAGAGAAACAGAAUCAUGUAAAUGAACAAGACAAACCAGAGGAGGAGACACCGAAAGAAGAAGAAAAAGUAGUAAAAGAAGCCAAAGCAGAGGAAACAAAAGCAGUAGAGGAGGUACCGCCAAAAACUUCCGAAAAAGAGGAGCCCACAAGUACUCCCGCCGUAGUAGCAGAAUCUGAAUCUAUUCCUGUUAAAUCCGAUGCUCCCACCGAUGCUGAUCCAAUGGAAGUAGAUGAAGAAGUGUCGACUGAUGCACCAGUCGAGGAUAAGACACCGGAUAUUAAAGUUAAAGACACAGUGGCCGCUGUGUCAUCAUCGUCAUCAUCAUUGGAGGAAACGCCGAAAACUGAAUCCGAGCCAGUUGUGGCAAAAGAGCCCACACCAGAGCCCAUGGAAGUAGAUAGCAGUUCAAAGAGCAGCAAUACCACUGAACCUAGCCCAGCCAUAAAUGACGACAAACCAGCCGAACAACCGGAGGAGAAGGAAAAGGAACAGUCCGAGCAGACGUCAUCAGCUCCAGUCGUCGAAGCGUCGGCGGCGGAAACUUCUUCAGAAGAAGUAAAAGCAGUAGAAACCUCUGUACCAGCGGUAGAAUCAACAGAAGCAAGCAAUAAAUCAGAUGUCGUUGAUGAGGUGGCCACGGAAGUGAAAGAGGAUCCAAAGCCAGUGGAGAACAAUUCUGUACCGGCGACACCAGCGCCAAAUACAGAUGCGGAAGCGUCCGUACCAGUUGCGCCACCAGCCACAGAUUCUGCCACCAAUGAUAUCAGCAAGCAGGUGGCUCCUCCUUCAGUUGUGCCGGAAUCCCCAGUCAAGGAGACAGUGCCCACAGUGGUGACCACCGAAAGUAACAAAACUGAGCACAAGGAUAAUGGCGAGCCCAAAAUCGACGACGGCGAGAAUCAUGCAACGCCGCAGGCUUGUAAUUAAGAACAUGGAUAUGGGAUAUGAUUGACAAUGUGUGAAACCAAUACCUUUAGUGCGUGCCGGAUGUGUACAAAUUUUUUGAGUGCAUCUCUUUUUUUAGCCAGGAUGCUGCCAAAACAGAUGAUUAUGAAAUAAAAAAACAAAGCAAACGAAAUUUAAGAGUUCCCAACAAUUUGCAAUAAUAUUCUACACAAAAAUGACAAAUUUAUAAUUUGUUUUCCUCCUCAAGAUGGCGCAACACGUAAUUUAAUCCAAGAAAUCUAAUCAAAUCCUUCCCGCCUCCACUUACAUAUAUAUAAACAUAUACCUAUAUAUAAUUAUAAUAUUGUUUGUGUACAUUUAAUUCAAUCGGAAUCAAAUACAUAAUAAAAAUGAUGUAUGUAAAA